CAUGUUUAUUUACUUAGCUGUCAUCACAGACGCGGUACGUAAACACAAGAGACGUAAAAGUUAAAUCGUUAUCAAAACAAAAAAGAAAUGUAUUCUUUCUAUAUCUUACACAUGUGUUAUUAAAGCAGAAAGACAACAAGUGUUGUAUAAAACGUUCUUAAAAGGAAACCUAGCUUAUCUUAAAAGCUGUCAAGGAAAGAAUUUUAUGCCAAUAGCCUUUUUCGUUAUACUACAGUGAUGAAGGUUCGCUAAAAAAUGUUUCUUUAUUUACAAGAUAAUAUGACGUCGCAAUCAAAAGGAAUGCUUCUUUGGCGAAGUUUAAAUGGAUUGAUGGCUAUCUUCUUUGUCACUGCCACAUUUUUACAGUUAAAUGAUCCCGAUCCUGCCAUAUGGAUGUAUGUUUAUGGUAUCGCCAGUGUCAUCUCCUUUUCGAUAUUGACAUUUCCACAACUGCAAGAACAAAGCCUCUGGAAAGGGUUUGUGUUGAUUCACUGCGCAGCUUGCUUAGCAAUGAUAUUCUACGUCAUUUUGUACUAUGGUGAGAUAAUCAAAACAGACAUCAAUAUUCUUCACAAUGCAGAAAGGGCGAGAACUGUCUGGUUUAGUCAUUGUUGACGUAUGGUUGGGUAUUGUAUUGACUGUUGCACAAAGAAGCGUUGAUAAACUGGAUCCAUUCGCAUGGGUGAUGGCAGCAACAGCUGUAUUAACACCUGCAUUUGGUGCUUUAUUAUUUUGGUUAACUGUAAACACAUCGAGCCUUCCUCAACACUGUAAGGGAAUGUUGCAAAGACACCUUCACUUAUAAACGGAAUCGUGAAUUACGCAUUGUAAUUUCAUCAUGAAAAGAAACACGAAAUUCGUUACUAGGAAUUUAGAAUGCUGAUUGGUAUAUACUAGUUAGUUUCCAGUUAAAUCAACAGCGCAAUACCUAUGUGAAAGAAUCAUUCGAAGACUCUAUUCUAAUUCUUUUAAUUAAACUGGUAUAUUUUUUAAUAUAAUUUAUUCAACAAUGUUUUACAACAAAAGAGAUAAGAAUUCUCUUCUUUCUUCCCCUUCUAUUUUCACGCCUUUUAUUCUUUCACAUUACAAAUUUUUCUUCACUCAUUUAUACUGUUAAACCUUGGAAAACUAGGCAAGGGAAACUACUACUCUAACUUUUUCGUUGACCAAUUAGAGAGGGAAAACUACGAAGUUAUUCCUGUAAUUCUUUUCUCGAGAUGAAGGAUAAACUGAGGAGAUUUUAUUUACAAGUAAGAUGCUUUGUAGCACCAAAGUUGCUUUGCCUUUUAGAUUAGUCACCUUUUUAAAAAAUUAAGUUGUUACAAAGUUUUCAGAAAUGAUCCAUACCUGUUAAUUGGCUAUCUUAUAUAUCUGUCAACCGGAGACAUCGAAUUAACAAUUAUCGGUCUUCUGUAUACUUAAUUUGCAUGAGUGCUAUUAAAUUUGUAUGAGUGCUAUUUCUGCGGAAACGUUUAGCUACCACUUGCGGAAAUCUUGCUUGAUAUUUCUGCAUGAAUUUUGAAAAUAAGAGGCUCCAUUGCUGUUUUUGAGGUUAAGACAAAAGCAUCACCACAACGCUAUUUGUGAUGUUGCUUCUGUACUCGGUAGUUUAUUCUCUAACU